AUGUCAUGUGGUAUGUGUUUUUUUGUGGACAAGAAAGAGAAAAGAAGUCCUUACUUACCCACUGCUUGGAUUCAAGGAAGUCUGAGUUCCAAGAAUAAUGACCCUAAUGGAUACUUAAAAAAUGUUUAAAGUGUAUUUCAACAAAUAGGCUUUACAUUUGGAGACAAGUCUUCAGACUGGCUUGUCAUGUGGAGUCAUGAUUACCCUUUUGAACAUUGGCAUGUGGAUAUGGUCAAACUAAAGCCUAAUCAGAGAGUUAAUCAUUUUCCAGGAAGUGGAUAUAUUACAAAUAAAGUCAAUCUGGCACAGUCUAAAUUUACUUUUAUUCCUAUAUCGUUUGAGCUGCCUUUAAAAAGAGCUGAGUUUAUAAACUUUGCUACUCAAAACAAGAACAUCCAAUGGGUUCAGAAAGGCAGCAAGCAUAGAGGAAUACAAAUAAAAAAGUAUGAGGACAUAGACCUAAAUACAAAUGGAACGUUUGUGCAGGAGUAUGUUUCCAAUCCCUUUCUUGUUGAUGGUAGGAAGUUUGAUAUAGGAAUAUAUACUGUUAUAACAGCCAUUGAUCCACUGAGAGUCUACUGCAUUGAUGGUGAAGCCUUAUUUCGUUUUUGUCCACAAGAAUAUUAUCCCUUCAAUGCGUCCAUUUUAGACAAAUAUGUUGUUGCUGAUGAGUACCUACCUCUGUGGAAGAUACCUUCUCUUAAGAAAUUCUAUUCUAAUCAAGGUCUUACAUUUAAGAAUGCUUUCAACUCAUAUCUUUUACAGCAUGGGGAAAAUCCUGAAAUUGUUUGGAAUAAAAUGUACAAUGCAAUUCAGAAAGUUAUUUUGAUGAAAGAGCAAGAUAUUAUUCAACUUGUUAAACACUACCCAUCAAAAAGAAAUUUCUUUGAAAUGAUGCGCUUUGAUUUUGUGCUUGAUGAAAACUUGAACAUUUACCUGAUGGAAGCCAACAUGUCACCUAAUUUGUCAUCAGAUCAUUUCAAAGAAAACGCUCGCCUCUACAAGCAUGUUAUUUUCAAUCUUUUAAAUUUAGUGGGAAUCAGUCACUUUCCAAGAACAUUUCUGCUGAACCUGAAGGACAAACUCUCUUUGCAUGUUUCUGCUCGUGACAUUCAAGUUUUCUCCAGGCUUUGCUUGCGACUUGUUUGUAUUUCUAAUUGUAGUCAAAUAGCGUGUCGACUCUGUAAACACUGUCUCAAUCAAGACUUAAUGACAGAUCUAAAAAUAGCUUACUUGGAGCAUCUACACAGAGGAACUGCCAAAAGAAUUUUUCCACCCACAAUUUUGCAGUCAAUGGCAUAUACAUGGACCCCAGAAGCAACUUGGCCUGUACUUAUGCAUCUGAAUGUUAAAAACCAACUGAUUUACAUGUGGUUUAUUGGCAAAUGUCAGCAAGAUAUAGGGUGGUGUAAUUAAUAUAAUGAUAUUAAAUUAGUUAAAAUUUAGAUUUUUAUAGUAGCAAAUAUUUUGAUUUUUGUCUAUAUAUCAUCUUUGGAUAAAUGGCCUCAGAAGCUCUUGAUUCUUAAGUGUUGUAAGUCAAUUAACUUUUCGGGAACAUUUUCAUUUAAGAAUAUAUUUUAUUCUGUAAACUUAUACAUGUAUUGUGUUUAUGUCAAUUCCGUUGGGGAUGGUUGCUGAGCCUGGCUUUCAAAAUGAGGGGUUUCAGGUUAAAAUCUCAAUGAAGUGUGAUUUUGACUUUCAAAAUUUUUAGGACAUCCGAGUCCACUCAACUCUAAUGGAUACUGACAUUAAUUGGGGAAAGUAAAGCCAGUUGGUUAUUAUGCUAAUCACAUGACACUCUUGUUAGCCAUCUUCCAGUUAGACUUUGUAUCAUCUGCCUUGAAAGGGAUACUGAUACUUUUAACUACACACAAUUUUUUGGACCUUCACACUAUUCUUUAUCUCUCUACAAAAGAUAUAUGCCAACAAAGUACCAAUUAUGCAUAUUUCACUAAUAUAAUAUAAUAAGCCAGGUAAGUUGUAUCCUAAACAUAAAGUUGAAACCUGGAAAAGGCUUCUGAACUACCAUUACUUUUAAAAACGAAAUAUUUUUUUAUACAUUAUUUAUUAUUAUUUUUUAACAAUGUUCUUUUAUUGAGGUUGAGACCAGUUCAGUAUUAUUGAUCCAAUUUCUAUUUGUUUUCAUAAAAUUUGUAUAUACUGUUCAAUAAAUCUUUAUAUGAAUUUAUUAUACAUUAUUUAUUGUAAUAAGUAGGCCUGUCUGUGGUGAUAGCAUCAUCUAUAAAAUAUUACCAAAUGUCAGUCUUUGAUAACUAAUCCAGCACUGUUCAUGUGGCAUAGGCACUAAACAGCUUAUUUUAGUGACAGUUGAAGGAUUUAAGGCAAUUCUUGACUGUGCUAAAAGGAGAAGCCUCAGCCAAUUGAUUAUGUUUGUUUGCAUGUAUUUGUUUGCCUUUGAAUUUGUUUCUUGAGAACAUUUUUUUUGUGAAGCAAGUAAUGUUGUUUCAUAGGAAGUUGAUCACAUUAGAAAGUGUAUUUACAACACUAACUUUUGUUUUUAAAAGUGCAAUAUUUGAUGGCUAAAUCUGCAAAUACUUAUGCUUUUUUUUUCUAUUUUAUUUUUAAAACAUUUUACUUUAUUUCAAAAAUGUUUACUGUUUUUUUAAUCUUUUUGUCUAACUUGGUGCCUUUAUUAUUGUUGCUAUUGAAAUUCAUGGUCAUACUUCUUAUUCUCUUUUUUUAAGGAGGAAUAGUUAAAUUUAAUUCUGUGAAAAAAUGUUUUUAACAAUAUAAAACAUUAACUUAACAUGACACCCUCCUUAACUGUAGGCCACAGAAACAGAUGACCUUUACAUCAUCUGCCCUAGAGACUACAAGGUCUGAAAGGGAAACUUUACUUUUUUUAUCAUAUAGUCGUAUUCUCCCAUCUUUUUUGUCUUGUGUUGUUACAUAAUUCUUGUAUGUUUUUUGUUAGAAUUCACUGGCAUAUAUUAUCAUUAUUUUUAUUAUUACUUUAUAAUUUUCUAUGGAUUUUCAACAGAUGAUCUUGCUUUUCAGCAUAUAGUGAAUACUGAAGUAUGGUGCUCUGUUCCUAGCAGAUUAUCUUUCUACUAGCCUUUCAGUUUAUUUAAGCAUCCCAAAUAUCUGAUUUUUUCUUUUCUUCGUUCUUAUUUGACAAUUGGGUUAUAUACUUUCAGCCCUGCAUGUAUCUGUGUUUCUUAGAAUUAACUUUUUACUGAGUUAUAUCAUUGGUAUAUUGUCUUUGGCUGUCCAUUGUUUGUAACCAAUCAUUUUCUUAGAGAACUAUCGUGUCAUUGUUCCUUUGGUGUCAAUUUGUAUUUAAUUACCAUCUCUAAUGUGAAUCAAAUUAAAUGUACUUAACAGACUACCUCAUUUGACAGCUAGUUCUGAUCCCAGUGUGUUAGCGUGAAAAUAAGCCAUUGAAAUGAUUGAAAAAUUAAUCUCACUAAAUGACACAUUUCAGGGCAGUGGCUUGUUUUCACAUGAAAUGUAUGUUAGGUAGUCAUUUCAGUCAUAACUGUCUGUUCUCUUUAGAAAUGAAUACAGGUUGCAUAGUUAAGGAACAUUAUUAAAAAAAUGUAAACCCAUCACACACUUCUCAUAAAUUCUACUCAUGGUUUAGAUUAUAAGCAACUUUAAUUCCUUCCUAACAUUCUGAUAAGUAUCAAGAAACUUAAGUCCAAAUGUAUUAUUAAAUCCAAUUAUACAAAUUCAAACUUUGUAUGUCUUAUAGUAAAAUAGAAUGUGUGUGUGUAAUAGUGUUUAUGUAUUAAAAAAAAAAUUCAACUUCGUUUAUUUUUAUUUCUCAUUUGUCAAACAUUAAACCACUGUUGUCAUGGAUUAAUAUGUGUGUGUUUGUAUAACCUAAUUUUAUUUGUAUAGGACAGUUGAAAUGUAUGAGCUAACACCCAUAAGUGAGAAGACACAAGGACAGUUGAAAGUGUGUGAUGUUAUGAAGAAAUAGUAAAGUUUGUGCUUGUCAA